AUGACUAGCCUGGCCCAACACACUCCGCUCGAGUCGCUCUUGCUCUUACAUGCUUUGCGCAGCGAUGGCCUGACUGCGGUUCGCUUUGGCCAAAUCUCGGAGCAACUGAAGAGUAUACCACUCAUUUGCAACGAUCCCUCAUACGACAGCUCGCGUUUGAACGAAGAUGCCUUAAAGCAACUGUGUCUUCGACUGCUCAAGGAUGAAGCAAGAAAUAGCUUGGACCAGCAUGAGGAUAGAAAGCGAAGACAGCUCAGCCCGAGCAUACCCACCGUCGAAGAAGCCGCGAAACACAGCCAUUUGAUCCCACGUCUCGUGCAUCGCUUGUACACACGUUACAGGGAGAGUGUCGUCGCUGAGAUCAGAGAUGAGGAGGCAAAGUAUGACAUUUUGACACGCGAGGUCAAAGAGAUUGAGAGUGGACAAUGGGACGAUCGUCUUCGAAAUGAACAGGCUCCAGCUGAGGUGCUCACGCGACCUUUAUCAUCGCCCGUCGUCAGCAUGCCCACGCAGACCAAUGGAGCUGCUUCUGCAACUCCGCCCGAUCGCGCAACGCAGCAAGCAAAAGAAGCAGCUCCCAACAACAGAGGCAGAAUCGACGCUCUCAUUAAUCAUGAACCCGUCACUGCGAGACGCACCAUGUCGCCUACACCCCCGCUGCUUCCAUCGUCCUCAUCACAGUCGCAAUACGCUCCACCAGCAGGCCCUCACAAAUCCUCAAUCACCUCUCUACCACCUCUUUCCGAGAUGGCCCCAGAGUCUCCUCUGCCGCAACAUGUGCAACAAUCUCAGCCAUCUCCACAACUCGCUCCAACUCUGCAAUCUGGACAACCUUACCGCGUCUCUCCCGUCAUCUCGCAGAAUGCCUUUCCUCCUCAAUUCGCAAGACCAAAUGGCCAGCCGAGUCCUGCUCACAGUCCUGCUCCGUCAUCGCCUCGUCCAGUACUACCACUACCUCCUGCUAUGGCACUAGCCUCUCAGCCACACUCUCCCGCUCUUCCUAGUCGAUCUGGUCCUGCUCAAUAUCCAUCGCCUAAUCAGCGUAUCGCUCCAGUACCUUUGCAGCCGGCCCCUAGACCUCCUCAUGCAAACACUCCCCCGACAUACCCCCACCAAGCCUAUCCGCAAUAUCCUCAACAGCCUACAUAUUCUGUUCAACAACAACAACCGCAACCUGCGUAUCCCACUCGACCACCACACCAAGGAGGAUAUCAGCUGCCACCCUUUCAAGUUGCUUCCCAACACCCUCCGCCUCAACAGCAGGUCGCGCAGCAGAAUAUGCGCCAACCACCAACCCCUGCUCGUCAACCCGUUGUUGCUCCCUUCUCGCCUCACACUCCAUACGCCAAUCCUGCACCUCCAGACCCACGCCGUCAAGCUUCCAUCAAUCCUCUCGACAUCUUGAGUAGUUUGAGAAAGACACCGAGGGCAACCCUGUCUCGUUCCGUUACCCCUCGUUCAGCAUCUCGCGCUGCAACGUGGAAACGGGAACGACCUUCAUUGCUUUCUCGACCACUCAUCGAUGGCGUGGAAAGUCCCGCCCCUGAACGUGCCAGUCCACCUCCACCGUCGCGUGAUGUGUCACCAGUCCGCACAACCAAGGAAGUUCCCAUCAAGCCGAAGCCCGUUGAAGAGCCAAUUCCACAAAUCGAGCAAGAGGCAGAAGACGCCACUCCAAAGCCUGCAAAGUCUAGUCGCAAAUCCACUAGACGUAAUCGUGCUACGAGUAAUGCUUCCUCUGCCAUCGCAAGUUCUGUACGAGCCAGAACAAGGAGUCAGUCGGUGUUGUCCCAGCACGAGGAUAGCACCAGCUACGUAGAGCCAUCGGUUCCAUCACGCAUCGUUAAGGACGAGCCAAUGACACCAGCCGACCUCCUACAAGAAGAGAUCCUCCAAGCUGAGACCUCCGACCCACCUUCUCAAUUGCGAUCAAAACGCGGCCGUACCUCUACCAAUAAGCGCAAGCGAAACCGCUCAGCAACACCUAUCCCUUCUUCAGAACCAGCCAUCCCAGAAUCCUCAGAUCGCGAAGCAGGACCCGCCUAUGGACCUCCCCUCAAGAAUAAAGUCCAAGCCCACAGAAACUUUGCUCGUAUCUCCAAUGUCAUCAUAAACGACAUUACCCAGCAUAAACACGCCGGGCCCUUCCAAAAGCCCGUAAGGGAGAAGGAUGCGGAAGGCUACAGCACCAUCAUAAAACGACCCCAGGAUUUGAAGUCCAUCAAGACGGCCAUAACAUUUGGCUCGAGGGCCAUAAACGCCGCUACUGCAAAUGCCUCUGCAACAGAUUCUCCAGCCCACACGCCUUCCGCCUCAAACUCUGCAUCUUCAAUUGUUUUACUAGAUAAAACGGCCGAUUUGAUCCCACCAAGGGCGAUUGUAAAUUCUUCACAAUUGGAAAAAGAGGUUUUGAGAAUGUUUGCUAAUGCUGUCAUGUUUAAUCCUGGUAUGGAAGGUAUGGUGUUGGAUGCGAGGGAGAUGGCGGAUGAUAUCGAGGCUAAGGUUAGGGAUUGGAGACAAGUGGAGGGAGCAGCUGCAAGUGGGAGGGGGAAUACUGGGGGAGAGGAUGGGGAGGAAGAUGGGAGUGUGACGACUGGAGGGGAUAAGAAAAGGAGGAAGUUGUAG